GAACGCUUAUAGCUCUGUAUGGUGUCGCCUUGCACGUGUAUGGGAUCGGUCCAUCACUUAUCGCUUGCCGACAAACAUAGUCCGUGAAUCUGCUUGCAAUUCACCUCGCACUUCGCCAAGACCCAACUUUUUCACAAACUCUGGGUCCUGUGCUCGCACUGAUCUUGUAUAUCAGGGACGUCGUCUACCCGGAGAGUCUAAUGAAACAAUGGCAGCUCGUCUGACAGAAGCCCGCGUAUGGCUGCGUCUUCUGUUCUCAAAUACCUCAUCUGAUACUGUUGCCAUAUCUACGACUGAGGCG